CGUGUUUUUGUGUUUCGCCGAAGGAGAGUGUUAGUCUUCGCUUCACUCUUGUUUUUGUGUGUGAGCUCAGCUGUAGCGUCUCAGUCUCUGGAUGUGUCCUGUCUUCACCCACACAACGGAGCCGUCUGUCGCUCAUUAUUCGGGCACGUCAGUCACACUGACAGAGUUUCUGAGGCCGACUGUCUUUUUUAUUUUCAUUAGCGGAGCUGGACCCGCACGCCAGGACUCGGUCCAGCCCGGUUCGGCUCGGCUCGGUGGACGGGACACAGCGGGGAUUUAAACGACAGAGCCCGACCAGAGAUGAAGAGACGCAGACUGAUGUGAACAGAACCAGCGCUAUGGAGAUACAUCCACUAUGCACUAAGCUUUGCCACCAUAAAGCUGUGGAGCUGAAGGAGGAUGUGUGUGAGAAACAGAGUGCGGUCACCAUCAAUCCACGUCACAUGAGGAAAGCCUUCAGGAUCAUGAACGAGCUCCGCAGUCAGAGUGUGUUGUGUGAUGUCACCAUCAUUGCGGAGGAUGUGGAGAUAGCUGCUCAUCGAGUCGUCUUAGCUGCGGGGUGUCCAUACUUCCACGCUAUGUUUACAGGAGAGAUGACUGAGAGCCGUCAGAAGAAGGUUCGAAUCAAAGAGAUUGACGGCUGGACUCUGGAAAUGCUGAUCGACUAUGUUUACACUGCUGAGAUCCAAGUAACAGAGGAGAAUGUGCAGGUGCUCUUGCCCGCCGCUGGUCUGCUGCAGCUACAGGAAGUUAAAAAGGCCUGCUGCGAGUUUCUCAUAACUCAACUUCACCCAACCAACUGCCUUGGUAUCCUUGCCUUCGCCGAUUUGCACGCCUGCAUGGAGCUGCUCAAUCUCGCCAACACGUACGCCGAGCAACACUUCUCAGAGGUCGUGCAGAGUGAGGAGUUUCUCAAUCUGGGCAUGGAGCAAGUGUGCAGCCUCAUAGCAAGCGACAAACUGACCAUUCCAUCAGAAGAAAAGGUGUUUGAAGCGGUCAUAGCGUGGGUCACACAUGACACAGAUGUGCGUCAGGAACACAUGGCUCAUCUGAUGGAACAUGUUCGCUUACCCCUUCUUUCCAGAGAAUACCUCGUACAGAGGGUGGAGGAGGAAACUUUAGUAAAGAACAGCAGCGCCUGUAAAGACUACCUAAUUGAAGCCAUGAAGUACCACCUGCUGCCGGCCGAGCAGCGCUCCAUGAUGAAGACCAUCCGCACCAGAGUGAGAACACCCGUCAGCUACCCUAAGGUGAUGAUGGUGGUGGGGGGACAGGCUCCUAAAGCCAUCCGCAGUGUGGAGUGCUAUGAUUUCGAGGAGGAGAGAUGGUUCCAAGUGGCAGAACUGCCCUCCAGACGGUGUCGAGCAGGUGUGGUGUACAUGGGUGGUGUUGUGUAUGCUGUCGGAGGUUUUAAUGGGUCGUUGCGAGUGAGGACGGUGGACGCGUACGACCCAGUAAAAGAUGAGUGGUGUUGUGUCAGCAGCAUGCAGGACCGGAGGUCAACUCUAGGGUCCGCUGUCCUCAACGGACUGCUUUAUGCUGUUGGGGGCUUUGAUGGCAGCACAGGUUUAGCUACUGUAGAGGCAUAUAACGCUGAGGCCAAUGAGUGGUUCCACGUCAGUCCCAUGAACACGCGGCGCAGCAGUGUUGGAGUCGGCGUUGUUGGAGGUCUGCUGUAUGCAGUAGGUGGGCACGACGGGCCCUUGGUUAGAAAGAGCUGUGAGGUUUAUGACCCUGCCACUAACACAUGGAAACAGGUGGCUGAUAUGAACAUGUGCCGCAGGAAUGCAGGCGUGUGUGCCAUGAAUAACCUGUUAUAUGUGGUUGGUGGCGAUGAUGGCUCAUGCAACCUGGCCUCAGCGGAGUUCUACAAUCCAAACACUGAUAAAUGGACCAUACUGCCCACCUGCAUGAGCACAGGACGCAGCUACGCAGGUGUGACUGUCAUUGAUAAGCCUCUCUGAGCAGCUGCGUGAAGAUGUUGAACACUGGAGCUGAAGCUGACGCACAGC